CCCUGCGAUGAAAAGCCCAAUCCGCCUCGGGGUGCUUGUCCCCUCCUCCAACACGGCUCUCGAGCCAUUGACCCAAGCCCUCAUCACGAGUUUGAACGGGCGUCUCUCAUCCCACUAUAUCACCGUCCACUUCUCUCGGUUUCCCGUAACAACCAUCUCCCUCACCCCCGGCGGCCUUGCGCAAUUCGAGCUCGCUCCUAUUCUCUCCGCAGCGCAGCUUCUCUCACACGCCGAAGUCGACAUCAUAGGAUGGUCAGGGACCUCCGCUGGCUGGCUUGGGUUUGAACGAGAUAUCGAGUUAUGUAGAGCGAUUCAGGAGGCGACGGGCAUCAGAACCACGACGAGUGUGUUGGCGCUGAACAAAGCUCUUGAGUUAUGGGGCGUCAAGAAACUGGGAUUGGUAACGCCGUAUCUGGAUGAUGUACAGGAGAAGAUCGUGGCGAACUAUGCCGCGAUUGGGAUCCAGAUUGGUGAGGGGAUGGAGCGCCACCUGAGAGUGGAGAAGAACAUUGAGAUUGCGGGAAUCACUGAGGAGGUUCUGGAUGGGUUGGUGGGAGAGGUGGUGCGUGGGGGGGUCGAUGCGGUUACGACUUUCUGCACGAACCUCGCUGCCGCACAGAGAGCAGAGUUCUGGGAGGACAAGUACGGCAUACCGGUAUUUGAUACGGUUACUACGGUUAUAUGGGACAUGCUGAGAGAGUGCGGUCUUGAUGUUGGGAAAGUCGAAGGCUGGGGCAUGAUAUUCAGGAAAGGGUGA